CAAUUGAAGAGUACCGUCUCUCUUUCUCUCUCUUCUUUGUGGCCGUUGAAUCUGCAAAGAUGUUUGAGAACGCAAGAGGUUCAUUGCCUCUCACUUCCUUGAAUCACAUCUCCCUUGUUUGCAAAUCUGUGGAGAAAUCUCUUGAUUUUUAUCAAAACGUUCUUGGGUUUUUCCCUGUGAGGAGACCUGGUUCUUUUGAUUUUGAUGGAGCAUGGCUAUUUAGUUAUGGAAUUGGCAUACAUCUAUUGCAAUCUGAGAAUCCAGAAGCCAUGCCUGAGAAGACUGAGAUUAAUCCCAAAGAUAAUCAUAUCUCCUUCCAGUGUGAGAGCAUGAAAGCCGUGGAAAGGAAGUUGAAGGAGAUGAGGAUUGAACACAUCCAGAGGACAGUCGAAGAAGGCGGCAUAUCCGUCGAUCAGUUAUUCUUCCACGACCCAGAUGGAUUCAUGAUCGAGAUCUGCAACUGCGACAAUCUGCCCGUUAUCCCACUCGUCGGAGAGUCGGUCCGGAUGUGUGGACGGGUCGGAUUCAAGAAUCACCAGCCCCAGCAGCAACCCCAGACGAUGCAGUGCAUCCCCACCAUCCAUGUGAAGGAAGAGUAUCCCUUGUGCAUGAAAUGAGGCAGGGGUAUUCUUGGAAAGAUGGUGAUGUAUCAUCUUUCGGUGUGUCGUGACUGUACAAAAGCUUCUCGUACGAGGAACUUUGUAGCUAUUCUCAUUUUAAAUAAUGCAAGGUCAUGAAUGGAUAUUAAAAAUAUUCUAAUUGUCUACUACAA